AUGUCUCUUUCUAAGAUCGCUGGAGUCCUGCUGGCCUCAGCUUCCCUUGUGGCCGGACAUGGCUAUGUGUCGAGCAUCGAGGUGGAUGGUACUACUUACGGUGGUUACCUGGUUGACACCUACUACUACGAGUCCGAUCCCCCGGAGCUGAUUGCCUGGUCUACGAACGCCACGGAUGAUGGAUAUGUUUCUCCCACCCAAUACGAGAGCUCCAACAUCGUCUGCCAUCGUGGCUCCGCUCCUGGUGCACUUGAAGCUCCGGUCGCACCGGGUGGAACCGUCAAGAUGACCUGGAACACUUGGCCUGAUGACCACCAUGGCCCAGUGAUCACCUACCUGGCCAACUGCAAUGGCUCUUGCGCUGACGUCGAUAAGACGGCUCUGCAAUUUUUCAAGAUCGAUGCUGGUGGCCUAAUCGAUGAUUCCGAGAUUCCCGGCACCUGGGCUACCGACAAGCUUAUCGACAACAACUACACUCGCAGCAUUACCAUCCCGUCUGAUAUCGAGGCUGGAAGCUAUGUUCUUCGCCACGAGAUUAUUGCCCUGCACGGUGCUGAGGACUUGGAUGGCGCCCAGAACUACCCCCAGUGCAUCAACCUGAACGUCACCGGAAGCGGCACUGCCACCCCGAGUGGAACCCUGGGAACUGCCUUGUACAAGGACACCGACCCCGGCAUCUACAUCGACAUCUGGCAGAGCAUCAGCAGUUACACUAUCCCCGGCCCGACCCUCUACACUGCUGGCAGCACUGCCACCGCGGCUGCUGAUGCGACUACCACUGCUGCUGCUACCAGCGCCUCGACGACCGAAGCCGCUGUCGUGACUUCUGCUGCCGCCUCUUCUGCUGGCGCUGGAUCCCAGACCACCAUGGUCACCUCCUCUCGUUCUCAGCCCACUGGUAGCUCCGACAGUUCCUCUGGUGUUGGUAGCUCUGGUAGCACCAACAGCCAGUCCGGCAGUGGCUCGACGGCUGGCGGCCAGUUCGGUCAAACCCAGCCUGGCAUGGCAGGAUCCGGCAACGCCAGCCCCUCCGACUCGGCCUCUACCCCCACCAGCUCCACCCCCAGCGCUGCUUCCAGCUCCGCAUCUUCGGCUACCUCGGGUGUCCUGAGCGGCUCUUGCAGCCAGGAAGACUACUGGUACUGCAAUGGCGGCACGGCGUUCCAGCGCUGCGUCAACGGCGAGUGGGAUGCGUCUCAGAGCAUGGCCGCAGGCACUGAGUGCACUCCUGGCAUCUCGGAGACGCUGACGAUCGCUGCUUCUUCGAAGCGUCGCAAUGUUAGCGGUCUGCGCCAUCGUCGCUUGUAA